GUCAACAACGCUAAGCAAUCCCGAGAGGCGUAGAGAGGGCUUUUUCUCUUCCGAGAGAAGACUGCUGAGGAGUCAGACGAGAAUAAUGGGAAAGAGAGAAAUCCAAGCUUCUUGAGAAGGCAAGGGAGGACGGAAGGAAGAGGGGAGCAGUAAAGAAAGGGACGGACAUAUUGGUAUAGGGAGAAAAAGUUGAUAGUUUUUAACGAAUCAUUUGGUGACUAUGGAUCCAACGUGCUUUUCCGAAUGCAUUUAUAACCUCAUUCCCAGUGACUUGAAGGAGCCUCCCCAGCCUCCUAGGUACAUAUCAAUUUUUAGGACAGCUGUAAAAGAUGACCUGCAAAAAGUUAAAUCUGCAAUGAAAACUAUGGGACCAGCAAAAGUUGAAGUACCUUCUCCAAAGGAUUUCUUAAAGAAACAUUCAAAGGAAAAGGUUCUACCACUCAAAAAGAAGUUUGAUCGGAAUGCACCCAGAAAGCCUGCUGUCCCAUUGAGAAGUGAGCAUCCAGUCAUGGGAAUACAGAGUGGAAAAAAUUUUAUAAACACAAACGCAGCUGAUGUCAUCAUGGGAGUGGCUAAAAAGCCUAAACCAAUUUAUGUGGACAAAAGAACUGGAGACAAGCAUGAUCUUGAAACUUCAGGGCUACUCCCAAAGUACAUCAAUAAAAAGGAUUAUGGUGUCACACCUGAAUACAUAUGUAAGCGAAACGAGGAAGUAAAGAAAGCCCAAGAAGAAUAUGAUCGGUAUGUCCAGGAAAGCCUUCAGAGGGCUGCUAUGAAAAGGCUCUCGGAUGAAGAAAGGGAGGCAGUUCUGCAAGGGCUGAAAAAGAACUGGGAGGAGGUCCACAAGGAAUUCCAGUCCCUCUCCGUCUUCAUAGAUUCUGUUCCCAAGAAGAUCCGCAAGCAGAAGCUGGAGAAAGAAAUGAAACAACUGGAACACGACAUCGGAGUCAUCGAAAAGCAUAAAAUCAUUUAUAUCGCCAAUAAGUAA